UGUUCUUUCCCUGAGACUUUGUUCUCGUUCACAGUCUAAAACCCAAGCGAAGUCUCGAAUCUCACAAUAAUCCCCAGAUCUCAUAUCCACCGUCCGAUCUAUGGACAUCAUCGACAUCAUCGAUCCAGUGAAGGCGGAGAAGGAAACCGCGAUUAAGCGCUACCGUCGGAUCCGAACCAUCCGACGGCUAUUCCGCUGCCUCGAGGCCUGCGCCGCGAUCCUGAUCAUCUCCUGGUCAUCGGCGCGCCUCCCCGCCGCCGCCAGGCUCUCCGGCGAUCUCCUCCGCUCCGCCGCCGCCAUCCUCCUCAGCCCUCGAUUCGUCUUCCUCCUCGGCAACGCCAUCGUCCUCGUCCUCUUCGCCAAAUCCGGUAAUCUCUCUACAUCCCCGACCUCCACCGCCUCAACGCCACUCGCCGGUGAUCUCUACGAUGACUUCCUCGAAACCCGCGGCUCCUACCCCAUCUCGCCGCCGGGGGAGGCAGACGUAGUAGUGUAUGAGGACAAGGCGGUGUGCGUGGAGACAAAGAUAGAGUACCGGAGAACGAUAUCGGAGAAGAUGGAGAAGAAGCAAAGUCCCGUUGAGCUCCGACGAUCGGAGACCGAUCUAGGGCGGAAGCCGACGGAGAUCGGGAAGAAUGCUCCGGCUCCGGCGGCGGUGGUGGUGGAAGACGACGAUGAGUUCCGGAAGACGAUCGAGGCCUUCAUCGAGCGGCAGUUGAAGUUCCAUCGCGAGGAAUCGAUGACGAUCGUCUCCGCGAUGCCACUGAACUCUGAUCUAAUUAAAUAUGAAUAAAAAAUUUUCUAAUAUUAUAUAAAUUAUUAUAUAA